CAUAAUCUAUUCCAUUGAUUUGAAUUCGAGUGAAUUGCUGCUCUCAAGUCUCCAAGUCCAGUAGAGUAUAGUAGUGAGUGAGCAGGUGCAAUUGAAGAAGAAGAAGAAGAAGAAGAAUUAUUAGGGUUUGAGAGAUGGGGGCGAGCAGCGAUCCUAACCAGGACGGGUCCGACGAACAGCAGAGGCGUUCCGAGAUCUACACCUACGAGGCCCCCUGGCACAUCUACGCCAUGAAUUGGAGCGUCCGCAAGGACAAAAGGUACCGCCUCGCCAUCGCCAGCCUCCUGGAACAGUACCCCAAUCGCGUCGAAAUUGUUCAGCUGGACGACUCCAAUGGCGAGAUCCGCUCCGAUCCUAAUCUCUCCUUUGAGCACCCUUACCCUCCCACCAAAGUCAUCUUCAUUCCCGACAAGGAAUGCCAGAAGCCUGACCUCAUCGCCACCUCCAGCGACUAUCUCCGUGUUUGGCGCGUCGCCGACGACAACUCCCGCGUCGAAAUCAAAACCCUCCUCAACAACAACCGCAACAGUGAGUUCUCCGGUCCUCUAACCUCCUUUGACUGGAACGAGGCAGAGCCUAAGCGCAUAGGCACUUCCAGUAUCGACACCACCUGUACCAUUUGGGACAUUGAGAGGGAGACCGUUGACACUCAACUCAUCGCCCACGACAAGGAGGUUUAUGACAUUGCAUGGGGAGGCGUUGGCGUCUUCGCCUCUGUCUCAGCCGAUGGCUCUGUCAGGGUGUUUGAUCUUCGCGACAAGGAACACUCCACUAUUAUAUAUGAGAGCUCCGAGCCGGAUACCCCUCUUGUUCGCCUGGGUUGGAACAAGCAGGACCCUAGGUACAUGGCUACCAUCAUCAUGGACAGCUCCAAGGUUGUUGUACUAGAUAUCAGAUUCCCAACACUGCCUGUGGUUGAAUUACAGAGGCACCAGGCGAGCGUAAAUGCCGUUGCCUGGGCGCCUCACAGCUCUUGCCACAUUUGCACUGCAGGUGAUGACUCCCAGGCACUCAUCUGGGACCUCUCCUCCAUGGGUCAGCCCAUUGAAGGGGGACUGGAUCCCAUUCUCGCUUAUACUGCUGGUGCUGAAAUUGAACAGCUUCAGUGGUCAUCCUCCCAGCCUGAUUGGGUAGCCAUUGCAUUCUCAAACAAGCUUCAGAUUCUCAGGGUGUGACUGUAGUUGUGAGUGUGUCACUGUGCCACCCUACAAACUUCACUUCACUUCAAAUCCGGUUCGUUAUGAUCUCAGUCUGUCUGUCUUCUUAUUUACAGUACAAUUUUAUUAUGUGUCAAAGUAUUGUUAUUUUUACCUUCUUUCUUCUUCCUUUAAUCUCACUAGAGACAAUCCACUUAUCCUGCUUUUUUACUGACCUAGAGUGCGAACAGACUUAGGAUCCUUGUAGAAUUUGCAUGACACCUUCAAAUUAAGGACUUUCAUACAAUAUCAAACUUCUUUCAUAGCUUAGGAUCCUCCUUGUAUUAUAUUCUCCUGUCAAACUAAUGCUAUUUUUAUUUGCU